AAAAAAGAAAAAAAAGAAACACACGCUGAACGAGAUCUGGGAAAGAAACUCAGAGAGGUGGGGAAAGAAUGUAUAUAAGGAGGUCGAUUGUCCUCUGGAAUGUCGCUUCUUCUCUCACCAAACUCUGUAGGCUUCACACAGGUAUAUUACCAUUCCUGCGAGUAUGAGAGACCUCAAACCUGCAAAACUCAUGCAUUAAUAUGUGCAGAUAUUUUGUCAAAGGUUGAGAGCAUGGUUAGUGAAAGUGACACGCACCUUACCCGUGUCCUUUUUUGUGGGCCACAUUUUCCUGCUUCUCAGAAUUACACAAGAGAAUAUUUGCAAAAGUACCCCUUUGUCCAGGUUGAUGAUGUUCCCCUUGAUGACGUGCCCAAUGUCAUAGAGAAGUACCACAUGUGUGUAGUGAAAAACAUGAAGCUAGACUCAAAUGUUCUCUCUCGUGCAACUCAAAUGAAACUUGUCAUGCAGUAUGGUGUUGGUGUGGAAGGCAUUGAUAUUAAUGCUGCUACCAAGUAUGGAAUCAAGGUUGCAAGGAUUCCGGGUGAUGUAACUGGAAAUGCAGCAUCAUGUGCAGAAAUGGCUAUAUAUUUGACGAUGGGCCUUCUACGAAAGCAAAAUGAGAUGCAAAUUGUUGUAAGGCAGAGAAAGCUUGGAGAGCCAGUUGGUGACACACUACUUGGAAAAACAGUCUUUAUUCUGGGAUUUGGAAAUAUUGGGAUUGAAUUGGCAAAGCGCUUGCGAGCAUUUGGUGUUAAAAUUAUUGCUACAAAACGGAGCUGGGGCUCAUAUUCACAAGAUUCUUGCCAGACUAAUGUUCAUGGUGAUUUGGUUGAUGAGAAAGGUGGUCAUGAAGACAUUCACAAGUUUGCGAGCAAUGCAGACAUAAUUGUUUGUUGCCUAAGUUUAAAUCGUCAAACAGCUGGCAUUGUAAACGAGACGUUCAUAUCUUCAAUGAGAAAGGGCGCCCUUUUGGUAAAUAUAGCUCGAGGGGGUCUUUUGGACUAUGAGGCUGUACUUAAUCACCUUAAGUCUGGCCACUUAGGAGGUUUGGGCAUUGAUGUUGCUUGGACUGAGCCAUUUGAUCCAGAUGAUCCAAUUUUGAAGUUCAAGAAUGUUAUAAUCACACCUCAUGUCGCUGGAGUUACGGAACAUUCUUACAGAUCCAUGGCUAAGGUUGUCGGUGAUGUUAGUCUUCAACUUCAUGCGGGCGCUUCAUUGACAGGGAUAGAAUUUGUCAACUGAUUCAGUUCAGUGAAGUGUGUUCAUUGUGAAGCCUAUUUCAUAUUUCAUUUGAUUGUCCAUCUUAGGCUUCUAGCAUAGAAAUUUUGGGCUGGAAUGUCCAAGCUAUUUCAUGGUUUUACCUUUGUCACCAUUAAACCAAUUGAGUCGAAUUGGGUAUUAAAAUAUAAAAAAUGAUUCAUUUAAUUUUAUUCAAACACAAGGCGAGUUUAAACUCAA